AUGUCUAGAACUGAAGCUUUCAAUGAAGUCCACGAUAUAAUAUUCAGUGAUUUACCGCAACAUAAAAAAGUACUUGAGCUAUUGCUACGAGAUAUUCAACGGGGUAAUCAUCUAGUGCUAGUUGAGAAACGGGGAUUAAAAAAUAAAAAAAUUGCAGAGAGUCUAUUACAACAUUUGAGUCGCCCUACGAAAUAUACACAAUUGCACCGAGAUACAACGAUACAGUCUUUGACAGUACACCAAAAUAUCAAAAAUGAAACAGUCAUUUACGAAGAUUCACCACUUGUCAAAGCUGUUAAAUAUGGCUAUGUGUUAGUCGUGGACGAAGCGGACAAAGCGCCAACAACAGUGACUAGCAGCUUAAACACUUUGAUGGAAAAUGGAGAGAUGGUACUGAGCGAUGGUAUAAGGAUGAUUUCCAAGAAAAUUAUGAAUAGUUCUGGUGACAAACCAUCUGGUAUUAUUCCUGUGCAUGAAGAUUUUAGAAUGAUAAUCAUAGCUAGUCAAACUGGAUUUCCGUUCUUCGAAAAAUACUCCUCUACUCCUUUAGGUCUCGAGGAUAGAUAUGAGUACAACGCCAGUUUGCCGCUGCCCUGGGAAAAUCGUUCGCGCCGCCGCCGACAAGUUUCUUCAUCAAGAAGUCAUGAGAUAGGCAUCACCGUCAAAGCCGUUGGCUCUAAUCCAGCGGUCACAACCGUUGUGAUGGGCACCGAUGGCACGGGACCACAUACUGCUACAGCAAUAGCCUCGGGUGCAGCAGUUGCUACUGCAACAGCAUUGACCUAUGGUACAGGAACCUCAACUGCUACGGCAGUUGCAGACGGCAAAUCGGUUGCAACCGCUAUAGCACACUCAUACAACGUAGGAGUCGCCACUGCAACAGUUAGUACUCAUGACUCAUCAUCUGCCGAAGCUACAGCGCACGCACAUGACAAAGGAGUCGCUACUGCCACAGCAAACGCUUCUGGCUCAAAAAUCGUCAAGGCCAAGGCGAUCGCCAAAGGCAGCCAAGUCGUUACCGACACACAAACUAAGCCCUAA